GGCCCCCUCGCCGGUCACGGGUCGAUGGCAGCGGCCUGGUGCUGUGCCUCCGGAGCUCCCGGCUGUGGGAGUGUCAGCUGCCUGUGGAUGACGGAGUGAAGGCCGAGAAUUUGUGGGAGCGGGUUCGUGCUCUGUCAGCAGCCGGUACCAUGGACGGUGAUAGCCGGACUUUAGAAACUGCAAAGCUGCUGGCUCCGGUGAACAGCUAUGGCUCCCAGGGCAGUGUCCAUGACCUGGGCCCUCGGCGCUCCCUUCCAUCCCAGGAGCAAGAGGAAGAACUGAGGAGGAAACUAAAAUAUUUCUUCAUGAGUCCCUGUGAUAAGUUCCGAGCAAAAGGCCGAAAACCCUUCAAACUUUUCGUACAAAUAUUGAAGCUCAUCGUAGUCACAGUGCAGUUGAUCCUGUUUGGGUUGAGUAACCAAAUGGUGGUGGAUUUUACAGAAGAAAACACAAUGACAUUUAAGCACCUCUUCCUGAAGGAUUACACAGAUGGGUCGGAUGAUUCCUAUGCUGUGUAUACACAGAAGGAUGUCUAUGAUUCUAUUUUCUACACUGUUGAGCAGUACCUGGCUCUGCAAAACCUGACUCUGGGACGGUAUGCCUAUGUGUUCAGCAGUGACAAGAAUCACACUGCUCUGCAGCUCUGCCAGCGCUUUUAUAAGAAGGGCAGCAUCAAUCCUGCAAAUGACACCUUCAACAUCAACCCACGGGUGAUAACCGAGUGUGUGCGUGUGAGUCCCACAUUACACAUCGAUCCGAAAGAAACGCCACAAUACAGGAACAUCACACUAAAAUUCUACAAGCUAAUAGAUGUCUCCAUACUGUUUAAACUGAAGGCCAUUAACAUUCAGACCAUUAUCAACCAUGAAAUCCCAGAUUGUUAUACAUUUCAGAUUCUUAUCCUAUUUGAUAAUAAAGCGCACAGCGGCCGGAUAAAGAUCACCCUGGAUAAUGAUGUGGUUAUUAACGAAUGUGUUGAUCCCAGUGUUUUUGGAUAUGCUAAUAGUGAUGCUGGCCGAUUGGUCUUUGACAUUUUUAUCAUCUUAUUGUGCAUGCUUUCAUUUGUCCUGUGCACAAGAUCGAUCAUCAGAGGAAUCAUGCUACAACAUGAAUUUGGGAAAUUCUUCCUGCUGAAACACGGGAAUGAGGUGUCGUUCGCUACUCGCAUGGAGUUUCUCAAUGGCUGGUACGUUCUGCUGAUCGUCAGUGACAUUUUCACCUUCUUGGGGACAAUCAUGAAGAUCGGAAUUGAGUCCAAGAACUUUGCAUCCUAUGACUUGUGCAGUAUUUUACUGGGAACCUCGACCCUGUUGGUUUGGGUUGGAGUUAUUCGCUAUCUGAGUUUCUUUCAAAAGUACAAUAUCCUCAUCGUGACGCUCCGAGCUGCUUUCCCCAAUGUCAUCCGGUUCUGCUGCUGUGUGGCUGUCAUUUACAUGGGUUACUGCUUUUGUGGCUGGAUAGUGCUGGGGCCUUAUCACGACAAGUUUCGGACGCUGUCUAUGGUCUCGGAAUGUUUGUUCUCGCUCAUCAAUGGGGAUGACAUGUUUGUAACAUUCUCUCAAAUGCGACAGAAAAGUACGCUGGUGUGGCUGUUCAGCCAAUUGUACCUAUACACCUUCAUCAGUCUCUUCAUCUACAUGGUCCUCAGCCUCUUCAUUGCCCUCAUCACUGGCUCCUAUGAAGCCGUAAAGCACCAUGGGAUCAGUGGGGUCCAUCCCCUGGAACUACGUGAAUUCAUCGCUGAGUGCACAGACGCUCCAAGUUCUGGCAAAUUCCGGGAGGUGGAGAGUUCGGUCUGCUCCUUUUUCUGCUGCUGUGACAGGAUGACGACUUACGAGGACACCCUGCUGGUGAACUAACUACAGCAUCUGCUCCAAGGUGCUGCUGGGACCUUGUGCGGUGAUUCCAGCUGGCCAUGUGCAGCAAACAGCAACCGAAACCUUCCAGUGAAAUGGCUAGAUCAGCAAAGGCUCUUCCCAUUGUUAGCUCAAAGGAACACUCAGAUGGAAAUCCCUUCCUCCAUUUAAUUGAUGAAAUGAGUGGCUGGCUGGCACGUUUAUUGUAAGGAAGAAUAUUUUCACUUAGAGGUUUUAAUUUAACAUACAAAGGGAGCAUUACUGUAAGACAAUCCAUGUUAUUUAAUUAAUUCAAUGACUUGGCGUUGAAAUCUUUCUCUUCCUCAUAUUCCACUGGCUGGAUAGGAAAUGACAUAGACUUGACCAGAUGGCUAUUGCUGGAAGCUUGAAUCAUUAUCCGACGUGUUGAAAAGCAUUCUCUGCUAAAUCCUUUCCUUCCCCGACUCGUCCUUCUCUGACAAUAAUCUUUUCCUCCUUCCAGCCACCUCAAUGAACUGGAUUAAUGUGUUGGUAAACAGAAGCCAUGUAGUCAACAGUGUUGCUCUAAUCCCAAAAAUAAUCAGUCUGUUGGCCUUUCCUCAUUGUGAACCUGUCCCAUGAUUCACUUGGAUUCCUGGGUGAUCAAUCCAUCAACUUCUGUUUACAUGGUACUUCUGUAAUCUUAAAGACUCUGAUUGCACCAUGCUUAAUCUUCUGUCUCUGGACCUGUAUAUUCAACUUAAUCCUUUUAGUCUUGCUAUCAUGCUGGUAAAAGUGCAUUGUAUAAAUCUGAGGCCAGUGUACCCUUCAUUGUCAGGGCUGAAUGUAUUAUGUCCAAUUUUUGUUGGCUAUCUAGGUUUUUGUUACUUGUUUUCCUACAAGUCCAGUCGUCAUCUGGAAAGUCCUGUUGUUCAGGGGACUGUUUCUGCAUUGUAAACAGGUCACUUUGCAAGUCCGUUUUCUGCCCUCUGUGAGCUAUAGUCACUGGCCUAGCCCAAUGAUCUGGAGGUGGCGAUGGACUGAGGGCAGGCCUAGCAGCAGGGAAUGCAUGUUGUACAGUAAACAGUCUGUUUACAGAAUCUGUUUAAGCUGUGCGCUACAGCUAAUAGUCUGCAGAAUCUAUUUUUUUUAAAAUAGCGCUUUCUGGUGAUGGCUGUAACCAAAGGGAGGGUAAAUUCUUUCCUGCCCAGAGAGGAGGUUAGUUGUGUAAAGCAAAUUAUGUGUAAAAACCAAUGAGUUGCUGUGGCUGUAUGGACGUGAUUGAAGGGCAGUCUGUCCAAUCAUCUCUGUUCUGACUGAGAUUUGUGUUGUGAUAUGUUUCCACAGAAAAGAUAACAUUUAUUGAGGUGCUACAGAGUGUAUUCACACAGCACUUGCCCACAUCCUCACCCAGUUUGUCUUAAUUCAAGGCCAUUAAAUCUCGUGGCACUAAUACAAUGAAUUUCCGCUGCCUCUAUUGAGACAAGGAGUCCCUGUGUACAAAAUCAUGUCCAAAUCGAAGCUCUGAUACAAGUGGGAUCACCACCUGCAAAUGAGCUGCUAGAGCUAAGAGACUGAAAAAUUGAGGUCUAAAUUUCCUUUUAGGAAAAGGACAAGUUAAAAUAGUCAUAGAUCUGUACAGCACGGAAACAGACCCUUUGGUCCACCUCAUCCAUGCCAACUAGAUUCCUAGAUAAAUGUAGUCCCAUAUCCCCCUCAAACCUUCCUAUUCAGGUACCCAUCCAGAUGUCUUUUAAAUGUUGCAAUUGUAGCAGCCUCCUCCACUUCUGGCAGCUCAUUCCGUGCACACACCACCCUCUGAGUGAAAAUGUUGCCCCUUAGGUCCGUUUUAAAUCUUUCUCUUUGCACCUUAAACCUGUGCUCUCUAGUUUUUAAACCGGCCCAGCGAAAAAGACUUUGUCUAUUUAACCUCUCCAUCCCCUCGUAAUUUUAUAAAUCUCUAUAAGGUCACCCCUCAGCCUCUGACGCUCCAGGUAAAAUAGCCCCAGCCUAUUUAGUCUGUCCCUAUAGCUUAAACCCUCCAACCUUGGCUUCACUGAACUCUUUCAAGUUUCACAACGUUCUUCCUAUCAGCAGGGAGAACAGAACUGCAUGCAGUAUUCCACAAGUGGCCUAACCAAUGUCCUGUGCAGCUGCAACACCAUGUCCCAACGCUAUAUUCGAUGCACUGACCAAUAAAGGCAAGGGUACCAAAUGCCACCUGCCUACCUGCGGCUCCACUUUCAAGGAGCUAUGGACCUUCACCUCAAGGUCUCCUUGUUCAGCAGCAGCCUCCAGGAUCUUACCAUUAAGUGUAUAAGUGCUGCCCUGAUUUUGAUUUUGGUUCCUUUUUCAGGCUACGCCAUACAAAGUGGAAGUAUGUUACAAUUGUGAGAACUUGAACUGCAGUUAGCCUGCCCACCGAUCUUUCUUUUUGCCUUGAGUGGAGUUUUGAGUGUGCCAGGAAGCCCCUGUAUAACCUGAUUUGCCUGCAAGUGCACUCUGUCCAAAGAAACGCAGUAAUGCAAUGAUGCAGUGUAUGUGCCGUGCAUUGUACAGUAAAAGGGAUCGAACAGCAUUGAGAAUUAGGCCCUGGAAAAGCUCACUAAAUACUUUGGGCUCAGUGUGUGCUGUCUUCAGGUAAGUGUGACGCAGUCAGACGGGGCCCGUCUGUUCCCUUGUGCUGCUGUGUGAAAUCGCAGACCCUCUCCAAGGCCUUUGCUGUUUCACUGAGAGGAGGAGGUGGGUGGGUGGUGUACAUGAGUAUUGAUUGGACUUUUCAGGGCAAUAACCUUCCUUUACUUGUGUUGAUAUGUUUCCCUGAUCCACGCCUCUGUUGCUGGAGGGGGUUUUACUAGCCCUGUGCUGCUUGGUUAUUAAUGGUUGCAAAUCCACAUGGCUUCCUACACUUUCCGCUCACAAGAACUGGCAUCUUUCUGGUGCCAUCUCUGUUAGCACAGACCACCCCAGUGCAAUGUUCCUUGUCUCUUUCCGCCGCUACACAUUCCAUCCUCAAAUAUUAAAGAGUGGUCUGGUAAACGAUAGUAAAGCAGUCUGGUUUCAAAAGUGUUAAUAAAUUGUUUUCAAACACACUUAUUCAAGAUAUAAUUGCGAGUUGUUCUGCUGUGAUUUUGCACUCUAAUUCCACUCCAGUCAGUUGACACAUUCAGACAACAUGCAGCAAACCCACAGUUAUCAUCUGGAACUUUACCUUAUUGUGGAUUUUUCCGUUCUUCAGUGGAAAUGGCUGUCAACUUCACUACAACUGGAGUUUCAUAACAGACUUGUUAUGAUUUCACUAAUUCAGCAUCUGACUUGAGAUGUGGUUAACAGCUGUGACUUGUGGUGCGUCGACUCUGGUUGCUCGCUGCUUCGUUUUUAGAGGAAGAAUGCAGUGGGGCAGUGUUUAGGAGCUGAGGGGCCAAAGGAAGGCUAUGGUCUGUGUCUAGGUUGAGGGUUCGUUGGGUAUUAUGCACUAAACACCAGCAUGACACUGUCAGAUUCUGGUGAUAUCUGGCCAGCGUGACCUCCCUGAGAUACUCGCCCGAGGCUGCUAUCGGAAUUAAUUCCUUCAGACAGUGGGGGAGAAAGAAGAUCUAUGUUAAAAACUGAGGGCAUCAGCAGUGCACAACAGGGCUUGCUGAGAGGAAGAGAGGACAAGGUGACAUUGGACUAACCUCCUUGUACUGUAGAAGCAGUCUGCUUCUAAUGUACUGUGGAGUUCAGUUGUGAAAUAAAGUCUGCUCCCCACCCUGGCACCUCGGAUAUUCAGGUCUAUACCUGAACUACUCAUAUACUGACAGACCUGUGUGUUAUCCUGUAUUGUGCAGGAGUUUACACCAUGUCUAGCUCUGUAUGUGGAAGCACAGUAAAUUGUGUAAAUUGGGAUCCAUGUGUUGAGGGUUUUAUACUUCACUAAAACAGGGUUCGCUCCACUGUUUGUACCAUUGUUGUUUUAGACUGUUAGCGUACGCAGUUAUAUUGUUUUUGCCUUGAUGAUGUGGGCCAUUUUGUUGACAGCACAUUUUCCUGUGUUGCCCAGAACUCGAGUUGUCCUUUCUGAGGUAAUAUAACAACCUGUGUACAAUUUCCUAUUUUAAGCUGUUUCCAAUACGCACAAUAAUAAAUUUAAUCUAAUGUA